CGUGUUUGAGGAUGAUGGUUUCGUGCUCGCCGCCCUUUUUUUUCUAGCUGUCUGGCACAGCUGCUUUUGUUGUUCAUCUGCAAGGAGUCACAGUCAGCAUCAGGCCAUCCGUCUCUCGUUCAUCUCAUAUAAGACAAUCAUGGCGGCGAAUGCCGUUCCCACGACCGUCUCCAUUCGGUCCCCAUCCGCCCACACGCUCGCCGGCGCAAAGAACGUUAAGCCGCCCAUCUCACCACCGACCGUAGAAUGGAUGUCCGGCACUUGGCACGUAACACAUUCGACGCUGUCCAUGUGGAAGGACCGCUUCGGCGUUCGGAUCACGUAUACACCGCUCUCGUCCUCUAUCCGGAAAGAAAAGAAGGCCUUUCCCAACCUCAAAGACGUCGUCGAGUACCAGAACACGCCUGGGGGCAGAUAUUCCAGCGUGAAUGGCGUCAGUCGCAGCGUGACCGUGCCGGAUCUGGGAACCGGCUGGGCUUUCAGCUGGAGGGGCAAAGGCUUGCUCAUGAUCGCCAACAGUCAGUGGGAGGUGCUGGGAUAUGGAACUGACCUCUCGGGCGCGAGCUCAGAUGCAGAAGGACAGGGUAGAGACUGGAUUGUCACCUACUUCGGCGAGACCAUCUUCACCCCCGCGGGCAUUGACAUAUACUGUCGAAGUGAGGAUGGCGUGAGUGCCGAGUGCCUCGAAGCCAUCAAGGCCGAGCUUGCCAAGUUCGAAAGGCCCAGCCUCAAGAGGCUAUCAACCGAACUCUUCGCGAUCCCGAGGAAGUAAAGCAAGAAUGCCACAAUUUGUCUUAUAUUUAGCGAGGAUAGAGAAUGCAAACAUCAGGAGGGCGGAGCAAUGUGUUGAGACCAGGUUAAAUUGGUACCUCGUUAUGAUACCCGACACAGCAGUCACCAAGGAUAUCUGCCAAUCAUCUAUAUAGCAUAACGCCUGUAAAGUACAAUUCAAUCGAUUCUAAUUACCAGAAGCCCUUUUACGCCAUUGCAUCGCGAAG